AUGGACGCCUUCGUACAGCGGCUCCCACGCCCGAGAUCACAGCCUUCUUCAAGAUCUCCAACGAGACCCUCGCCGCUCGGUGAGAGGCCCGCAAAGAAGGCCAAGGUCGAAAUUCAGGACAGCGAUUGUGACGAUGAAGACAAUAUCAAGUCCGAAACCGAUGAGGCUGAUACCUCAGGCCUGACAGUCAAUGAUGUAUCUGACGCAGACGACGACGUUAAGCACCACACACGGCAGACUGACAUCGAGAGCACUUUGCCACCCAUCCAGUUGGACAAAGAGGCGAUCGAGGAAUAUGAAUUGAUGAGGAGCUCUCAAGUCAGCGCCCCUGAAGACGAAACAGCCGUCGCGCCUGAACGAAAGUGGGUAAGGGGCAAGAGCUCCAUCUACGUGGAUGCGUUCAACCUCGCCUUGGAUACUGUCUUGGCAGAUGAAUCCCAUUUGUUUGACGCCAAGGAGUGUAACGUAUUCGAGCAAUGGAAAUCGUUGGGCUACGAAGCCCAGUACCUAUAUGUGCGCUUGUUCUUGCGCAAGACUUCCGCUUGGCACCGUCAAGACCGGCUGGGAUACUACAGUGAUGUUUCGGAUCCUGAAGCUGCCAUUGCGUCUCUGCAGAAAGUCAGAGAUCUUCCCGAGCCUGAUGCUCCCGCAUGCAGCAAUCCUGUCGAAGGCAUUGACCUGGAAGAGUUUAGUUUAGACGGCACUUUCACAUUUGCCGAUGCUUCUGAGGAACACAUCACGACCAUCGAAGAGGCGUCUUCAUUGCUAAGCCUAGACGAACUAAAGGAUCUUGCUAAAGAGGCCAAAUUCCAGGGACGUAACAAAGCCGACUUGGUGAAAGCGCUGUGCCGAACAGGCUAUCAGCAGACCGGGCUCUUUGCUCAUGGGCUACAACGGUCUGGCAGCGGCGAGUCCCAGACUGCUCGAGGUCUAAUGCGAGAUCGCCACGAUACUCCACCGCUUCUCAGCAGGCAAGACUCGAACCAGACGCAACACUUUCUAGAAAAGAUCAGGAUCAUCACAGGCCCUUGCAUCAGGCUAUCGCCACUGACAUAUAAACUCUUCGAGAGGGUGCACCUGGUCUUCUACCGGUCGACAGAAUGGACUGAGAAGUCUCUGACGGCCAUUAUUCUUGCUAGCAUCGCACGCCGGAAUUACCCAGAGUACAUUGUCUGCCGAAGUACGAACAUUUUUGCUUCUCGAAGACAUGUUCUCGAGUUCGAGUCAGCAGUUCGAGUCGAAGCCGAGGUCGAUCAGAUCCUGGAGUUCAAUGGCUCGCCGGGUGAGGCAGGUCUUCGCAAGGUUGUGGAUGUCUUUGAUCGUGUCUACCCUCGGUGGAAAACACUUUUAAGAGAGGAGCAAGACAAGGAAAAGCGAUUAUACGAAGAAGGUGAAGGCGCCUACUUGAGAAGGUUUACCCCUGUUCAUUCCUACACGCGCAUUGUCCACAAGGCAGCAUAUGUGUUUGGGAAGUUAAAGGAUUACGAACGCGAACACUCUAUUCUCACUGAACUUCUCUACCAGCACCUGUUCCAUCCUGCUAGGCGAGGCAGUUGGUAUCAACGAAAGGCUCUCUUAGAGGAACACUACAUGUAUGCACUAGAUGCCAACGCAGUGUCUCCCGAUCCCGAUAUUCAGAAGAAGCAUUGGAAACGAAUUGCAGCGACGACUUGCGAGACAGCGCUAGAGGACAAUGAGUGCCAUCUGAUUUACCAUUACGAUUUGCAGAAGCGUCUGCUCAAGCUCGAGAAACAGCUCCGCAUCCCACGACGACUUCAGCACGAUUUUGGCCACGUUCGUCUCCAAAAGCCACUAGAGCAUACUGUUGAGGGCAUCCAGGUGAUCAAAGAAGACCGCCAAGGCAGAAAUGGCCGACAAGCAAGUACGAAGACGAUUUGGGUCGAUGAACUAGAGGAAGGUGGCGAAUGCAGUGUCGAAGAGAUGUGCCUGAGUUGGUACCGAAGCAAGGGCUAUAAAGGAUACCACGCCGAGGGAGGCAUCGUUCGCACACUUUUCGCCUAUCUUUUCUACGACAUUCUGUUCCUCUACAUCCCAAAUGUAUUUCAGACAGCUUAUCAGACUUGCCCCUUGGACCUCCAUACGGAUUCGUUCUAUCCGACGCGGCUGUCCGAGAUUAAUCACCGACUAGUCGAGAUAGGUAACGGCGGUGCGGAAACCAUCAUCCGCAAGGUCGAUGCCAGAGAGCGCGAACGACGAACUUGUGUUAUCGGCCUCAAUUGGGACUACGACGUUGAGGAUCUUGUGGAGCUGGUCGGGUGCUUCGAUGGUAGCGCACUGGCCGCUCUCUGCAAGGUGAUGGCACAGGAGUACCGACAGCGGGGCGGAGGUCUGCCCGACUUGAUCCUCUGGCGGACGGAGCCGAAAAAGGAAUGUAUGUUCGCCGAGGUCAAAAGCGCCAAUGACCGGCUCAGUGACACUCAGAGACUAUGGAUCCACGUUCUCACGGGUGCAGACGCCUUCGGAGUUCUCGAGGAUCCCUCCAUGUCGAAGGAUAUUUUGAUUCGCUCUUAUGGGUAUCCUUCCAGGAUAUGGCGUGGUGUUACAGGGAGUGGAGAUUGCUCUGAAAGCUCAGCGCUUCCCGAACCCGGGAGAUAUGGCAAUAUCUUCGACCACACUGGCUUCGAGGUCAAGGUUACUCGAAAUUGGAAAUGGCUCGCGGUGCCUGGUUCCUAUGCGCCGGAUCAGCCGAGCUCAUCUCAAGGGCGGGGAGCCGAACAAAGAACGACGAAAGAAGAUUAUGAAACGGCCGAGUUGCCACUAAUAGCUGCACCUAAGCUGUGUCCUGAUCACCGGUCAAGGAACUACAGCACCUCGAACAACCAAUCGCUUAUCCAUGAUUGUUUCAGCAUUACCAGGGUUUUCAAGUCGUGGCGCCGGGGGGAGGCUAAAUCUGCCAAUCACGCAAAAUCGUCAAACGUCGGUACUUUGGUUGACGAGGUUGAACGGAACCCUGCGUUGCACUGGGUCAUCGGAGGCCAGACAGGCAAUGAAAUCUCACAUUCUCACCGAGAUUGGAAGACGCAGCACCACAGGCACCCUUUCCCAAGGCUUGCAGCAGUCUCGAUCUUUGCCCCUCCUCGCGCUACUGAUGUCGCAUCUUUGGGGGUGGAGGUCGUCACACUCGCGACAUGCGUCCUAAACAUGCUGCUAAUGUACGGGACGACGACUCCCAACCAACCAACAUGGAAUUCACUGUUCCCAGCAACGGAACAUUACCGGCAUCUUCCCUCGAGAGAGCGCAAACCCCCAUCCCAAUUUUUCCGUCUCUGCUCAUUGCUGAACCUCAGUGCUGAACCACCCAUGCCCAUUUUCGAAGCAGAAGGCCAGAAGGUUCCAGCUCUGUGGGAGCAGCUUGACUUGCGACCGAGCUCUUUGCGACGAGUGACUCUGCGUCAAGGGUCAAAAAACCAAAAGUCACAGACGCUUCGCCUGGCCCUGCCCACCAUGAUCCCCACACCAGCACGCCGGCGCUUAAACCUCGACCAAUCCGCUGCCUCCCCGCCGACCGUUGACCCCGGCCAUUCUGAGGACAGGCGCUUAGCAAAUGCCCGGGAUGCUGGGUCGUACCAUGGCCGGAUCUGGCAAGGCGCCUCAGGCCGCUUUUGCUGGUCCUUUUCUCGACUUCUUUCUGACUGGACGUUUCGCCUGCUUGGUACUUUUCUUUGGCUUGACGACACGCCCUUGACUGUGUCUGAGCUGUUGACUCUGUCCCUUGGCGGUCUCCGAAACGCAGUGCUCCUUGGAUCUCAACCGCGAACCUGCAAGAGAUGUUAUCUGGGACAAAAGCCAACUAAAAGAAAGGAAACAAAAUCACACACGCAACAUGCACACCUCGGGGAGUGCAUGUGCGUAUCUCAGCGGGAGGAGGAUGAUGACGCCCCGGCGCCAGCAACAUCAGCAGCGGCGGUGGCAGGAGCAGCAUCUAUACCUACCUUCUGCCGGGUGGUUGCCCCCCUCCCCUCCGGUUCGAUUGCACCGCUUUCCAAUGUUUUCCCUCAUAUUGGAUCACUGAAGAUCGACGGCUAUUACAUCGAUCCGUCAUCGCAUCCCCCUGCUUGGCGUGGUUUCCCAUCUGAUGGGGAGGGGUAUACAACUCGGCUGUUCAAGAGAGAGCGUACCAAACCCAAAGAUAAGGCGGACGGGAUGGCAUCCCCCAUCUCCUCAGCGGAAACCGAGGCGGGGGAAAAGAAGGGUACAGCGGCCAGCCAGCUGAAAUUGAAGACAAACUACGUGGAUCUCCGAGAACGUGGUCACGGCUCUUUACUUGGAAUCACCAUACGUGGGUUCGACGCCAUGUCCGCGAGGAACUGGAGCAAGAUCGUGGAACAAGAUAUCCUUACCUCUGAAGAUCAUAAGAAAUCUACCCGUUUCCUCGUCGACUCCACCCGGCCGGCCAUCGCGGCCUCUUCUCCCCCUCCCCGCUAA